ACACUAAAAAAGUAGCCAGCACUUAAUUAAUUUAUAAAAAAUUGUAAAAUCAGAAAAAUGUGGUCUGAUACCAUUUUGAUAGUAUUUAUAUCAAUAUGCACUGCAUUUUUGGGUGAAGCCCUUACCUGGGUUCUGGUGUACCGCACAGAAAAGUACCAAAGGCUAAAGGCAGAGGUAGAUAAACAGAGCAAAAAGCUGGAGCGCCGCAAGGAGACGCAUGGCGAUUCAUUAGACAAGUCAGUUAAGAAGAAAAUUGAACGCUAUGAGGAGAAGUUGAAGAACAACAACCGCGAUCUGUCGCUAGUCAAGAUGAAAUCUAUGUUUGCCACUGGCUUUGCAUUUACCGCGUUGCUUAGCAUGUUUAAUAGUAUAUUUGACGGCCGUGUGGUCGCACAGCUACCAUUUACGCCCAUCUCCUGGAUUCAGGGCUUGAGUCAUCGUAAUCUUUCUGGCGAUGAUUAUACCGACUGCUCGUUUAUAUUUUUAUAUAUACUAUGUACCAUGUCCAUACGCCAAAACAUACAAAAGUUGUUGGGCUUUGCCCCAUCCCGUGCGGCAAGCAAACAAGGAGGCGGACUAUUUGGACCUGCGCCGGGCCAAUUUAAAUAGAUAAAUUUCUUAACAAUCAUUGUUUUUUG